AUGUACCUCUUAUCAGCACUCCUCCGGCCCCUCCCCUUCUCCCUCUCCUUCCUGAGCCCAGUGCUCGUUCUCCUCCUCAGCCUUCCGCUGGUUCCUUCAGCCCUAGCCAUCCCGGCCUCCGAGCAAUUCGCCCUCUCCACGCAGACCCAGGCUUCGGCUUGCUUCAUCAAGUGUCACAACGAAUUCUGCGAUAUCCACGACAUGCCCGGCAACACGAAGAACUUCCCGUCAGCGAUCACCAUCAAUUGCGGCCUCGCUCUGGCGGAGAGGUCGGGCGCACAAGCAGCGCACAGCUCAACAGAUCAGGACAGAUCAGGUCACAUGAGGACAGAUCAGGAACCAGCAGCUGGAAGGGAGUGGGGAGGUUGUAGGGGUUGCCUCCUCUCAGCCGCUGCCGUCUUCAUCCCCGGCAUCCCCGUCCUCGCUACGCUUGGACCUGGGACUUGGACUCGCGCUGACAUUCAGGAUUGGCAGCGCAUCAUGCCCCGCUGCCUUGCCGUUACUUGCGUCUCGGCGCCCGACGUCGCUUAUGCGGUCGAGUAUGGCCGGCACUUCUGCGCCCGCGCCGGUGUGCCUGAUGUCAAGUUUGAGAUGCCGGAGCGCUUCUUGUUGAGCGAGGGAGGGGCGUAUUACAAUGGUGUUGCGGCAGUGAUAGGGGAGAACAGAGUAAAGCUCACGCGAAGCGAUACCUUGGCAUCGACGGCCGGCCGAAACGUCCCCGCCCUUGCUGCAGUCUUUGCCGCCGGCACACUCGCCCUCCUCGUCUAA